AAUACAACCUUGCUGCAGUCUUGUGAUAUGAUAUAACAUUCUGGAGCUUCCAAUUUGUCAUUCUCCAUCUCCUUCAAGGCCUACCUUCAUUGAGUAUUGAUUGUGGAACGUUUGCACCUCAUCGCAAGACAUGGUUCGGUUCAAGAAUCGCUGGCUCCUCGUCGAAUUCGUCGAUACGUCUACGGUAGAUACCUCCACUGAAAAAGAGUCUCUAAGCACACGAACUCUGGACGGGAGGUUGAUCUACAACGCUCUCCGCGACAGCAUCGUGACAAACUUUGGCGACACCGGAUGGGGAGCAGUAGGGAUGUCGUUGAAUGUCAAGUAUUUUUCACCGCUCACGAACCUUUGUAUUAUUCGUGUCGCACGAGAUCAACAUCGAAUUGCAUGGGGUGCAGUCACGCUUCUCACUAGCAUCUACGAUGUCAGGAUCAUUCCGCGUGUUAUUCAUGUCUCAGGCACCGUCAAACACACGCAACUCUCAGCAAUCACAUACAACCGAGAAGUUAUUGCGCGGUUUCGCGCUAAACUCAAAAAUGCUGCACAUGACUCAUACGAUGACUAUCUCGCGCGAAGCACUCGGGAGAUCGAGGCUUUGCAUGACUGAAUCAGUUCGAUGGUAUCGUAACCCUUGUGACCCCGAGGAGCUCUUCACUCUCUUCCUUUCGGUGGUGCGCUUUGAGGCUACAUCCUGAGAUCGUUCCCCUUUCCUGCACGAAACUGAGCUAGCGUCAG